AUGCUUCCUGAACUUCGGUCAUCAACUGUUAGCAUCGAGAAACCAAAACAGCAAUCCAUAUCUGCCCAGAAUGAUUUUAUACCCAAGGACAUUUUGUUUGCACUCACACAGCCAAUGUGCACCAAAGAGACAUUUGGACCCUCAUUUAGAAGAAAAGAGUUAAACGCAAUUUCUGCAGAUGUUGGUCGUCCACCACCCGCAAGUGUAUGGAAUUACAAGCGAAGAAAUCGCUUCAAGCAUCUUCUAGAUAACACGCCAUGUAUUUGUGGAGCUGGGAAAGACAUCUCAUUCUUAUAUGAUGUACCUCACCAUGCACCUCAUCCUCCAAAACCUGACACUGCAGACCAGAGCUAUGUGAGGCUAGAGAAGGAGGCAAACAUCAGCAAGCCACUGGUUGUGCCAGAUUCCAUCAUCCCUGAAGAGUACCACAUUGUGAAGAACAAGGGAGUUGUUGGCAUACAUUACCUCGAAGAUAAAUAUAGCACACAGCCUGUGGACCAUGAAAAGCAUUUUGUUUUAUUUCCAUCCAUGAAUCCAACCAGCCGUUUUGAAGUGAUUAAGCUGAGAAAUGCAUUUGAAAGUAUGAUGGACAGGGCAGGAGUCAAUGAUUUAGGAAAGGACGAUUUGAGUGGGCCAACCCAGAUGCAUAAUUUGCUGAAUCUGAUCAAGAAGGAGCAGAAUAUUUACAAUGUUGUGUUUAAUGAGCUCAUUAGACAGAUUACAGUUGAGUGUGCUGAAAGAGGAGAACUGUUGCAUCUUGUCUGGGCUAAGUAUCACCAGCUCCUGAAUAAAGUGCCAGAACAGAUCAUGAGCCUGCAUGAAGAAGUGAUUGCCCAAAGAGCUCUAGACUUGAGGCUUACAGAUGAACUUGUGAGGUUUAAAGGUACCAUCGGUUCAUUGACAAGUGAAUUGACAGACGUGAAAGAGCAUGACCAAAAAGUCACCAAGGAAGCACUCAAAGCACAGGAAGAUCUGAGGAGUGCUCUGGCUGAGUCCCAGAAGAAUGCCAGUCUGCUUGCCGAGUACCAUGACCUGUAUGAACUUCAGAGGCGGAGGCUAGAGAGGCAGGUGUUUGUGCUGUCUGAGGAGAAGGAAAUGUGGACCACUGCUGCUUAUUGUUUGGCUUUAAAGGUGACGGAGGAAAAUAAAUUAAACACAGCAAGAAGGCUACAACUGUUGGAGAAAAGCUGGGUCAAACUGGCAAGUCACUUUACCAUUCUUCUGAGUGAUAGAGACACAGAUCUCCUUACAAAAAUACAGGGCCAUGUGGAGGCUUGGAGCGACCUUGUGGAAGAUCUAAACAUUUCACUAAAGCAGAGGGAAGACAACAUGAGGGAGGCGAUGAAGACUAUGAGAAAUGAUGUUCAGAGUCAGCUGACCAUCUUCAAGCAGAAAUAUGUCAAUCUGGACAAUCGCGUGGACAAGAUACCGGACGAGGAGUUUGUCAGGUCUCUGACUGCAGGGAUGACAGCUUGGCUUGAGUUGAUAACCAAGGAGACAGACACAUUUGGAGGAGAUGUUUACCUAAGCAACAACGAGGCAUUCUCUGCGAUCUGUAAAGAAAUGGAAGGCUGGACAGACAGUGCCUUAGAGAUCUUUGCACGACACAGUGCUGGUGGCAGUAAAGUACAUCCUGAACAGAUCAACAUGCUUGCACUUAACAAGGAUGUUGAGCAGUUGCACAAAGAAUUCCAUGACAGGAUCACUGGUGAACAUGGUCUUGGGCGUCUGAUUAUCAGUUUCCAGAGCUCACUGGAAACAUGGGAGAAGCGACUUAGGUCUAAUGCUGUUAAAUCACUGGUGCUGCAGGAAUCAGACUGGGCAAACGUGUUCCAUGUGCUGGAAGAAUGGACUUUGCUGUUGAACAAAGCUGUUGAACAGAGUGAUGUCCCCUUGCAGUGUGCAGAUGGAGAAGAGGCCUCAAAACAUUCCAGUUGUGAUUUCCGUGAUGUAAUUAGACAGACUCAGAAGUGGGCUAUGCAAGCUAGUAAUUCUAUAAACAGCGAAGAUGCUAAACUUGUGGAACAGGUAUCCUCUCUUCACUCUGAAAUGGUCAGAUGGAUGGUUCAGGUUUUGCUGAGGCUAGCUCCAGACCAUAAGGACAACUCUCAAGAAGCGGCAGAAAUGGCUCUCCUGGGAAGUGCAUCAAUUCCAGAACUGACAGAAACUGCCAACCUUCUUGUUGAGUCUCUAGAAAUCUUCUCAAACUAUGUUACACUCUGCUGUGACGGCAUUGUAGUAGAGAACACCCUAGCAAGACAAGGCAACCGUGAGGAUAAUGCUGACGGUGAAUUAAAUGACCUCAAGCGUUUAAAGACUGAAUGUACACAGUGGACAAAAGUUGCCCAGAUGCUGCUGUCACAGCUGACAGGAAAUGCCAUGGAGCAGAUGUUUGCAGACACCAUCUUUGCAUCACCUUCAGAAAAAUCAGUUGAACUUCGACGGAAUGAGAUGGCCAAUGUAAAAGGAGAGAAUAUUCAGCUCUUGACAACAGAGGAUGAUGUCAAACACUCAGCGCCAGCAGAAAGUCAGCUGGCAACAGCCACUGCUUGCAUGCCUAAAACUGUGGACGGACAGAGAAUCGAGGUGCUGGGAUACGAUGCUAAUACACACACACAAACCAUUGAAGGAAAGCACAUACAGUUACUGAGCCAACAGCAUGCCAGGUUGGGAACUGAAGAAUCUUUUGAUACAGGAAAAGCGUAUGAGGCCCUGGCUGCAGUAGAAACAUUGCAGAAUCAAUUAAUAGCAACAGAAGAAAGAGCACAGUCGGCCGAAGAAAGAGCAUCACAAGCAGAGGCCCAGGUUGUUGCUUUGCAGGAGAGAAUCAGAGCUCUUGAGAAGCAGAUAGAAAAACAGCAAGAAAAGGCAGACACACAGAUAUCUCCUGCAGUAGCCACUCCUCCUCUUUCUCAUCCAAAGUCACUGUCUAAUACUUCCUUGAAGUCACCCAAGGUACAUUCCCCUGUGUCUGGAUCUGACGUCAAAGAAGAAAAGAGUGGCAGAAAGUCUGGCAAAUCCAGCAGCGGUUCUAGCAGGAGAAAUUAG